UUGUCAGAUUGUUGUCAUGUGAACCGUGUGAACCGCAAAAAGUGAUAUCUGCUUUAGGUACAUACUGAAAAACAUUAUCAGAAUCCGAAGUUAAAAUAGGUUUAGACAAUCUUGAUGUUCGAAAACGUUUACUUACUGUUAUUAAUAAAUAUCGCGAGUGCUUGACAAUUGAUAAUUCUGAAUUGGGUGUUGCGAAAGCUACUGAAGUGCAAAUACAGUUAGAAAAUGAUAAACCGUUUAUGUAUAUGCAGUACCGAAUGAGUUCUGGGGAGAAAGAAAAAGUGAACGAUAUUGUUAGUGAUCUAUUGCAGUCGAAUAUAAUUCGUGAUUCCCAAUCUAACUAUGCGUCACUUGUGUUGUUGGUUCGUAAGAAAAAUGGUGAAUACCGCAUGUGCGUGGAUUUUCGUAAACUUAAUUCCAUGACUGUGAAAGAGCGUUACCCACUACCCCUGAUUGAUGACCAAAUGUAUAAAUAUACACAGGGUGCUAAAUAUUUUACGACACUGGACUUGGCAUCUAGUUACCAUCAGAUUCCCGUUGCAGAAUCUUCAAAACGUCUCACUUCAUUUGUUACACCGACAGGUCACGAGGCUUACGUAACUAGAGAUUUGUCUGAAAUUCCCACAGAACUUCGUCAGCUUCCACUCUCUGAUGACGUAAGGAUUGUGGGAGGGAAUGAAGCUGCACCAAAUUCUUUACCAUAUCAAGUUGCUUUGAACCUUAUUUUCGAGUCAGGGAGAAGUUUCUGUGGAGGAUCUCUUAUUACCAGAAGAUACGUGUUAACAGCUGCUCAUUGUUUGGAUGACGGAGUAAUAUCGUUGGAAGUGUUAUUGGGGACGCAUAACAUUCGACGAAAUGAAACUACCCAACAAAGCAUUUCAACCUCCAAUUUCACAUUACAUGAAGAGUAUAAGAAUAACAGAAUGAAAUAUGACAUAGCCACGGUUUAUCUUCCAACACCGGCUAUUCUCAAUCAGUACGUUCAACUGAUUGCGCUUCCCAGUAGAGCUGACGCUUCGAACAGUUUUGUGGGAUCUGAGGCUAUAGCAAGUGGUUGGGGAUACGAUUCUAAUAAUGCUACCGCUAUCAGUGACGUAUUGCGAUAUGUAAAUGUUUCUAUUAUAGCAGAUGACGUUUGUAAUGUAACGUUCGGUGAGUACAUCACAGACUCAAUUAUUUGUUCUGGAGGAACAGGUAGGAAAGGAAUUUGCUAUGGAGAUUCAGGCGGACCUCUCGUCGUCAAUGGAAAAUUGGUUGGUAUAUCUAAAUUUAUAGGUUAUGAAAGCUGUGAAGCUGGCGAUCCAAGCGGCUUUACAAGGGUAACAACAUUUUUAGACUGGAUUGCAGCACACAGUGAUGCUGUUAUUUCUUAAACAUUCCCUAAAUAAUUGAUUUGUACACUGAAGCAAAUAUUACAAAUAAAAAUUAAAGAAUUGAAUUAUUGAAUCGA